GUCGACGACAAAUGGGCGGGAAGACGUUGGUAGAAAGAAGAGACGAAGGGACAGACCCUACCUUCCAUUGAUCCUUUAAGUAUUUUUGGGGGGUUCGAACCACGGCGCCACAAUCUGGCUUUGUGUUUGCAGCGUAAAAAUUCAAACCCGCACGCUUCUGCAGCGUGAUUCGAGAGGUUCUAGUCGUUUUAUGUUUCAGGGUGCCACUGUUGUUUGCUUGUCAAAGAAUUGAGGCAGGUUUGAUAUUGAGGAUUUGUGAAGAGAGCGAGGGAGGGAGAGAGAAAAGGAAGGAGAAGACAUGUAUCAAGAGAGUGGAGGUGGCGGAGAUGCGUCCUUGUUUGCUGGGGGUGGCUUCAUGCCGUCGCAAGCUGCCACUGGCAAUGAGUUCAGCAGCUCUGUCUCAGGAGCUAGCAGGAGAUCAGGGGGUCAGGACGGUGGACUGCAGCCCUUGACAGUGAAGAUGAUCAGUCAAGCUUCACAGAAGCCUGGAGAUGAUGCUUUCUACGUCGAUGGACUGGAGAUCAAUAAUGUAACCCUAGUGGGCAUGGUGCAUGACAAGGAUGAGAGAAAUAUCGAUACUUCUUUCAUGUUGGACGACACAACAGGCCGCAUCGAGGUCAAACGCUGGAUUGAUGGCCAGGACUCAUAUGAGUACUUUGAAAUGCAAAGCGUACAAAAUUUUAUGUACGUCCGUGUUCACGGUCAUUUACGGACUUUUCAAAAUAAGCUUAAUGUAGUAGCCUUCUCUGUAAGGCCUAUUACUGAUUUUAAUGAAGUCACGUUUCACUUUCUCGAGGUGAUCCAUGUGCACCUUUCUCGAACACGGAAGGGGGGAGUAUCUGCGGUUGCUACACCGGCUCUAGGGAACACAAUGGCAACUCCACAGAAUGGGAUGUAUACGCCAGUGAAGACACCCAUUGCUUCCUCAGCAAUACCUGCUGGUGGAGCCAAGGAGGAAUGUCAGAGGAGGGUCCACAGCAUAUAUGAAGAGCCUGCUAGCCUACAAGUUGAGCAGGGACUUCAUGUUGAUCAAGUUGUUCAGAGGAUGGUUGGCUUUACUCGAGCUCAAGUCAGGGAGGCGAUUGAUUUUCUUGUCAAUGAAGGUUAUAUAUACUCCACCAUCGAUGAUGAUCACCACAAGUCCACAAAUGGGUAACUAACUAGUGACAGAAACGGUGAAGAAACUCUACAUGCUUGGCCUACCGGAAAGAAAACUUCACUCUCCAAUACACGUUGACAGGACAACCCCGUGCUUGUAUUGGACGAAGUGUAUGAUAAAACUCUGCCUUUACUUUUUAGAUUUUUUUCGAAGACGUGUCCAUGUAGACAUGCCUUGUGUACUAAAUUGGGUCGGACUUUUCUUAGCCUAGAAGAUCGGAGACUGCAUGUUACUCCAUAUUUUCGUCUUGGUAUUACGAGCGUGGGGGCGUCCAUUCUGCACCUACCAAUGCAGCUGAGUUUGGAAGUUAAAUAGAUUCUGAAAUUCCAGAAUUUUCUAGUUU